GGCGGCGUUGGCCUUGAUUCGAUUCCGGAACGGCAGCUACCAACCACUGAAUUGAUGCGCACAUCAAAAACCCUAAUUUUGAAAUCAAUCUGAGAUGUUGGUGGGACAAGACGAGAGCAUCCUAUCUCAUCGCUACUGGAACUGCAAGUCCUCCAUAACUACUUGUUUCGUUUCGCUCCUCUCUGUUCUCUUCACUCAGUUCGCUCUGUCUUUGCUCCCCACCUUCUUCCCCGCAUCGCCAUUUCUCUGCCUUCUUCCUCUAGCAGUUGUAUUGCUUGUAAUUGGUGUCGGUUUGGGGAGACUCUGCAAGAGGAUUGCUGGUGUUAGGGCUUCAGCUUUGGCCUAUGUUGUCUUCACCAUUUUUUUCAUAUGGAUAAUCUACCUUUCUGUGGUUCGUCAAGUUAUUUCAUCUUUUGUGGAUAUUGUAUUUAACAUAGAGAUCAUCAUAAUGAUAAUCGGCCUACACCGCAUGACCUUUAUGGACCCUGGCUUUGUAACGACGCAUCAUUUACCCUCCAUUGAUCUGUCUGUACAAGAUUCUCUCACUGAAGUUGAAGCACAGGGAGAGGGCUUUGAGGUAUGGAGGAGGGUAAGGUACUGCAAACACUGCCAGAAGCAUGUUGCAGGCUUUGACCACCAUUGCCCUGCUUUUGGGAAUUGUAUAGGUCAAAAAAACCAUCUCUUCUUUAUGGUGCUCCUGGGUUUAUUCAUUAUCUGUGAAGCAUCAUUCGUAGCAUGCACUUCCCCAUUCCACAGGCUCCAAACUGCUGCAGAAUUUCCGGCCUUAAACGAAGAUGUAAGAGUGGCUACUGCAUCCAGAAAUUUGGUAACAGGAACGACGUUGUUUUGUCUAAUUCAAAUUCUCUGGCAGGUGGUGUUUUUGAUGUGGCAUGUGUAUUGUGCUUGCUUGAACAUAAAGACUGAUGAGUGGAUAAACUGGAAAAAGUAUCCUGAGUUCCAUAGCAAGGCGAUCCAUGAUACUGGGGAAGUUCAAUUCUAUAAUCUGUAUGAUAAGGGAGUUUUGAGGAAUCUGAAGGAGUUCAUCACAGCUAAAGGUUAGUUUCCAUUCAUAUUUGCAGUUGUUAAAUGAAUGAAAUUAUUAGAAAAUUACUGGAUGGAUUUAAUGUUAUCCUAAACUUAAGCUCAGGGAUCUAAAAAAAUUAAAUUUUUUGGGUGAACUUCCACAUUCUGCAAUCUGAAUUGAAUUGAAAUUAGUUGGGUUA